AUGACACGAGUGCUGGAAACGCGCCUGGCGGGCGCGCUCUUGCUCCUGCUCGCAUUGCUGCCCUUGUGCGCCCUCUCUUCUCCUGCGACCCACUUCACCAACAACUGGGCCGUUCUCGUAUGCACGUCCCGAUUCUGGUUCAACUACCGGCACAUGGCCAACACCCUCGCCAUGUACCGCACCGUCAAGCGCCUCGGCAUCCCCGACUCGCAAAUCGUCCUCAUGCUCGCCGACGAUGCAGCCUGUAACCCUCGCAACCCGUUCGCAGGGACAGUCUACUCGAACGCGGAUCGAAAGACGGACUUGUACGGGGACCGGAUCGAGGUGGAUUACAAGGGCGAGGAGGUGAAUGUCGAGACGUUCUUGAGGUUGUUGUCCGGCCGACUACCCGACUCGACGCCGGCCUCGAAGCGCCUCAUGACCGACUCGCGCUCCAACAUCUUCGUCUACCUCACCGGCCACGGCGGCGACGAGUUCCUCAAGUUCCAGGACAACGAAGAGAUCUCUGCUUUCGAUAUCGCCGACGCGUUCGGUGGGAUGUGGGCUAAGAAGCGGUACAACGAGAUCCUCUUUAUGGUCGAUACGUGCCAGGCCAACACGCUGUACAGCAAGUUCUACUCUCCCAACAUACUCGCCAUGGGGUCGAGCGAGAAAGACGAAAACUCGUACUCGCACCACGCGGACAACGACAUCGGCGUUGCCGUCACAGAUCGCUACACGCAUCACGUCCUCACCUUCCUCGAGACGAUCAACAAGACCUCGCAAGUGACUUUGCAGAACCUCGUGGACACCUUCUCGUUCGAGAUCAUCCACUCAACGCCGGGCGUCAGGAAGGACCUCUUCCACCGCCCGCUCGACGAGACGCUCCUCACCGACUUCUUUGGCGGAGUCUCGGAGGUCGAGUUGCUCGAUGAGGAGGCGCCCGGUGUGGGUGCGGCUGCGGUGACAGAUGCGUACGGGAUGGUGGAGGAGGCUCAAGCGCGAACGAGCCGGAAAGGACGGCGACGAGUUGCAGAGGACGAGGAAGUCGGCGGGACGGAGCAGGACAAGGUGCGGAAUCCGCUCGCUCUCGUCGGCGCGGUCGUUCUCCUGCACGCCGGUGGCUUUGUUGUGUCUCGUAGACUGCGAUAG